AUGGCGCCACAGCCCAGCAAACACGGCCGUUGCACUCGCCAGCUGGUCUUCCUCCUCCUCACCCUCCUCCUGUCGUCGUCAACCGCGGCCCUCGCCGCCGUUGUCCCCACCUCCUACUCCUCCCACUGCUCCUCCCCGUCCCCUGCAGCCCCCGACCGCCACCUCGACGUCUCCAACGACGCUGAGCUCCUCAGCUCCUUCCAUCUCCAGCCCUCCACUGGCUUCUUCUCAGGUCGUGGCGCGAACAGCCUCUUCUCCCCAAACACAAACAGUGAAAUCCGGCAGCAGCAGCAGGUUUCCGCGUCGAUCUGGAGGAUGGACCCGCAGCGCAUCGUCACAUUGGCCUCCACCACGACUCUCUUCUGCGUCUUCACCACCGUCCUUUGGAGGCUCCGAGCCAGUAGGAGGAACCACGAGGAACCUCCUGCCAUGUCAAUGGCCAUGCACGUCGUUAUUAUUUCCCUGGGGUGCGUCGCGUUGGAGUUCAUCCUGUCGCACUGGGUAUUUUUCCUUAUCACGUUCGUUCACAUGUUUAGCUAG